AUGAACAAACAAUUCCUCCAACUGGCCAUUGUGGCUGCUGCUUAUGCCGGAGUUUAUGGUAAUCCGUGCGGAAGUGGAGACUGGAAGUACAAUCCUGGAACGAACGCUUGCUACAAGCUGAUUUCCGAUAUUCUCCCAUGGACAGUAGCCGAAUUCAAAUGUCUUUUCCAAGGAGCUCAUCAUGUUUCCGUUCAUAGCAUUGAAGAAAACAAGUUUGUAAAUGAAGUUUCUCAGCAUCGUGAAAUCUGGAUCGGAUCUGCUUACUUCGGACGUAAUGCUGUCUAUGUGAACUCUGAUCAAUCAACUUAUGGUAACUUCGAAAAUUGGAUUGGAGAUAAACGUCCAACAAUGAAUCGUGCACGAAGAUGCAUCAAGAUGGAUAGAAGCGGCAAUUGGUUCCAAUCUUGCUGUAAGAAACGCACUUCCACAGUCUGCAAAAAGCCAGCUCUUAGCCGACCCGACCAUAGCCAGGAAUGGCGCCGUGCCAAAUUCUACCGUCGUUAA